AUCCCAAUCAUAAUACGGAAGUUGGAGUUUGUUUUGCCCUGGUGACCGGUCCAAUCAACGUCGUUCUAAAAAUGCGAUUUUUACCCAUCAUAUUCCAGAUUAUUCCGCACUCGAAUGUAGCGACGCAUGCAAACGAGCAAAUUCGGACAGUCAAAUGGACGUCGGCUGGGUGUACAAUAUCCAGUCAUAAGUACGGGGAUAAUAUUCUACUUCCAAUGCAAGGAGGUUCCCCUCGUGGCCUCUAGGGGCGCUACUAACUUAUAGGCAACACCGGAAGCUGCAAACAUCCUCAACCUGCUGUGCAAAAAAGGAAUGAUGAGCAGCAAACGUGAAAGGGAGCAGCAGAGGAAGCUGCAGCAGUUUUUAGCCGACCUGGCCUUGCUGGGUUCUUUACAGGGUUUUAAGUACUUCCAGCCUUGGUUGAGAGGAAAAGAGGAGCUGCUGCUGACCGUUGUCAAUGAAGAUGUGGGCUGGCGUUCCCCGGGCUUCGCCGUGUCCAGAGCCUCCGCCAGCAGCGGGCCCAGCAGCGACAGUUCUUCGUCCAGCAGCAGCUCCCCCAGCCUGGCCAGCCGGACCGGCUCCCCGACGCCCGAGCCCGCCGCCAGGGAGCCCAGCAGCGAGGAACAUCUGCUGCCGGCCUCCCCCAGCGAGCGAGAGAUGGCUGUGCCUGAGGUGAACUGCACCCUGUUUUUAGUGGCCGGCUACAUGAAGUACGGCCGUCCUCACGCUUGGAUUCGCUCCAACCACGAGCGCCUGGCCAGCGUCAGAGGCGCGGACUCCGUGGUCAGGGACAGGCCCGUAAAGCUCAAGUCCAUCACAGACUGGCAAACUGGAGGUAUUCGGGUGUGGGACGUGGUCAGCGAGCUGGUGAGUCUGUGCACGGUGCCCUUGCCCUCCAACCCGUUCGCCCUGGACAUGCGCUACAUCCAAAGGCUUCCCGUGCCCGAGCGCUUCCUCGCCAGCGGAGCGCUGCUCAACUUCCUGGAGACGUACGCCGUCUGCGGCAACCGCGACGAGUUGCACUACGACAAAGUAAGUCUGGACCGGGUUGCUCCCCCCGCAGUGCUGGAGGAGGUGAAGCCUCUGAGGCGUCUCCAUGUCCAAACCCUCCUGGAGCUGCAGCGGCUGAAAAAGACGCCCGUCGACCAGGACCCGCCUGCUGAGGGCUGAACGGAACACGUCCCGCCGUCGAAAAACAUCACCAAUGACAAUUUCACAAAAAGCUUUCUUGGACCCGUGAACCCGACCCAUGUUGUACCGAGAUUGCGAAAGAGCAGAAAACCUUAAAAAAAAAAUAUAUAUAUAUACUGGUUUUUUUUCUUGCUUUAAGAAGAGAAGCCACUCCUUCUUUAGGUGUGUUUGGUGCAAAAAAUGUGAUUUUCAUAAUUAUAUUUUAUGGCCAUGUCAUCCAGCCCGAUUUCUAAGCAUCAAAAGUAUUUACAAGAUGGUUUAAGACUCCAGGAAACUUGUCACAUGACAGUCAAAAGUACCAGACA